CAGCAGCAGCAGCGCUGACAAACCUGACAAAACAGCACUCUACCUCAGAUGACUCGGACCUGAGAGAGAGAGAGAGAGAGAGAGAGAGAUUCCACUAUGUAUUUCAAACCGCUGAAAGUGUCACUUGAGUGAAGAAGAGAGAGAGAGAUGGACUGAUGGAUGGAUGGAUGGAUGGAUGCGCAUUUCUCUCUCUGCGCCAUGGAGAAGGAGAGUGUGCUGCGCUUUAAAAUGAAUCUCCAAACCAGGGAAACACACGCGUAAACUUUUUUUUUUCUUCUUUUUUUCUUUCUUUUUUUUUUUUUUUCUUUAUGGAGUUUGAAGAUGCCUUGGUCUAAUCCGAACCAGAGUGAUGAGGCGUUCAACGUGUCGAGCUCCAACACCAGCGCGAACGCGUCGUGCGCCGGCACCGAGCUGGACGCGCAGGUCGUGGCGGUGGGGAUCUUCCUGGCGGUCUUCAUCCUGGCCGCGAUCGUCGGGAACAUUCUGGUCAUCCUGUCCGUGCUGUGCAACAAGCACUUGCAGACGGUGACUAACUUCUUCAUAGUCAACCUAGCCAUCGCGGAUCUGCUCCUCAGCGUGGUGGUGCUGCCCUUCUCCGCGUCCCUGGAGGUCUUCGGGUGCUGGGUGUUCGGACGCGUGUUCUGCAACAUCUGGGCUGCCGUGGACGUGCUCUGCUGCACCGCGUCCAUCCUCAGCCUGUGCGUCAUCUCCAUAGACAGAUACAUAGGAGUCAAACACUGCCUCAAAUACCCCGCCAUCAUGACCGAGCGCAAAGCCGGAGUCAUCCUGGUGCUCGUCUGGGUCUCCUCCGCGGUCAUCUCGGUGGGGCCGCUUUUAGGCUGGAAGGAACCCCCGCCCUCGGACGAGAGCAUCUGCAGCAUCACCGAGGAGCCCGGCUACGCGCUCUUCUCCUCGCUCUUCUCCUUCUACCUCCCGCUCAUGGUCAUCCUCGUCAUGUACUUUCGGGUGUACGUCGUGGCCCGGAGGACCACCAAGAGCCUGGAGGCAGGAGUCAAGCGGGAGAGGAACAAGUCCAUGGAGGUGGUGCUGCGCAUCCACUGCCGGAGCUCGCCGGAGGACGCCGGGCCGGGCUCGAAGAGCAAGACUCACCCGCUGCGCAGCUCGCUCUCCGUGCGCCUCAUGAAGUUCUCCAGGGAGAAGAAAGCGGCCAAGACCCUCGCCAUCGUGGUCGGGAUGUUCAUCGUCUGCUGGCUGCCCUUCUUCUUCGUCUUGCCUCUAGGAUCUUUCUUCCCUGCCCUGAAACCCUCAGACAUGGUGUUUAAAGUUAUCUUCUGGCUGGGUUACUUCAACAGCUGCAUCAACCCGGUUAUCUAUCCCUGCUCUAGUAAGGAAUUUCAGCGCGCCUUUACCCGCAUCCUCCGCUGCCAGUGCCGCCGUCGACGCCGGAGCUUACGCCGCUUCUAUGACCAGCGCUGGCGCACGGCCCUCAGGGCCCCAGACCCCCGCGGAGACUAUCAGCCUGGUUUCUCCCUCCCCGAUUCCUGCAGCAGCUCGAUUUUCUCAUGUCGGAGCAAAGGCCGCUCUCUGAACCUGAAAAGCUGGAGCUUCUUCCCUCCCUUGCAGAAGUCUUCCUUCCAUUUAAAGGAGAAGAUGAACAACUUGUCUAAUAAGAUCAAAAGCGGUGCUGGGAAGAGUUCAAUUCCCUCGCUAGAUAGGACUGAGAUCGAUACGGUGGCCAUGGGGAUCUACAGCGAGUGCACCGAGCCAAGCGGGUAUCAGAUAUACGAUCUGACGGAAUGUUAUGGCUUGAAGGAGACAGAUAUCUAAACAGAGACAUUCUCAUUUCGCUAAUGCCUGGUGACAAGUCCUUCAGAGACGGACACAAAACAGGCUAUUUGUCAAAGCACAAGAUGUACAAAUCAAGAUCAAGACAAGGAAAUGUUUUUUGUUUUUUGUUUUUUUAAGACAAGGACAGACAUUUAUUUUCACAGGGGUAAUUUAAGCAUCGACUUUGAGACGUAAACAAAAAAAGGUGCAAAUGUUUGAUAUUUUCCCUGUAAAACUACUGCUUUACUCCAGACACAACAAGUGCCGUCAGAUGGCAUAUGAACAGACUGUGCACUCUGUAAAUCGAUGUGGCCUUUUAAAGUCACCCAAAACUUUUUAAACAAGAAUGAAAUCUACAGAAAAUAGCUCAGCAGGACCCUUAACAUUGGAUGUUGUUGUAAUUCGGUUGUAACAAUGUUGUGAUGUUGUUCAACAGCCUAGAGAAUCCUCGGACAACCUUGUUUUUUGAAAGUCAGAACGAAUGUUCAAAAUGACGUUGAGAUAACAUUGAAAGGUAUGAUUCAAAUUGCACAAUGCCCAUAAAACCUCAAAACGAUGAAGUUAUAACAAUUAUUUGGAGCAUUUAUGCCAAUUAGCAUCCAUUUGCACAACAUCUGACCACAUUCACGGUCCCUUGAGUUUCCAGCAGGGAUUAUAAUUCUGGCCGGAGAUUAGGACAGAUACAACUGCUUCCCACACACAGCGUGUGUAUAUCUCAUGUCACACAUCACUUAGUUUAGUUAUGUUACGUCUCUCUUUCAUUGUUUUUCAGAAAUAUCACCAGCUUUGCUUACAGAUCUUUGUUGUUAUGUAUGGACAUUUACACGUUUUAACAGCAUGCCCGGUGGCACGGUGGCUUAGUGGUUAGCACUGUCACUUUAAACCUUCAGGGUCCAGCUUCGAUUCCCAGGCCCGGUUCAAUUCCCACCUUUGUGCGCAUGGAGUUUGCAUGUUCUCCCUGUGCUUGGUGGGUUUCCUCCCACAGUCCAAAGACAUGCAGGUUAUACCUAGUAGUAUGAGUGUGUAUGUGUGUAUGUGUAUGUGAGAGUGCCCUGCAAUGGAAAUGGAUUGGCACCCUGUACAGGUUGUACUCUAGGGUGUACCCCAGGGUGUACCACCUUGUGCCCUAAGUCUCCUAGGAUAGGCUCCAGGCCCUUCUGCAACCCUGUAAACAGGAUAAAGUGGUUCAGAAGAUGCCCCCUAGUGGUCAAGUGGUAAGCAUGCAGUCCUCUCACUUGGUAUUGGAUUGCCUUAUGAAGUCAUAUUUGCACUAUUGGGGCAUUCAUUCGACGUUAUCUCAUCGUCUUUACAUCAAUUUGAUUCUAACUUUCAGCUACUUUGUCACAAAAUAGGUUGUAACAUUUCCAAAUUAACAUCAUCACAAUGUUUUGACAACUAAAAAACCCUGCCGGAAGAGGUGCUAUCCUAGCCACAAAAAUCAAGAAUCCUGACCAGGAAGUUGAGAUUAUAUAGAUAUUUAAACUACUCUGUCUUGCUGUUAUGGGAAAUAAAUCAGUUUCUGUAAUGAAUGUUCAUCAUAUCAAUCUAAAUAGCUGCUCAUGAAACCACAAAGUUUAAACUCCUUAAUCAUGAACAAAUAUUUUUACACUGGUAACUCCUUCCAUAAAGGUUUCCAUAAUUGCUUCUGCCCAAUGGCUUUAAGUCACGAAAUAACGUAAGCUCAUUUUUUUCUACUGUGAAAUUGUCUUUCUUUUGUUUGGUUCCCGAAAAGAAAUUGGUCGAAUUUGGUACAGUUCAGUACUUCAAAUGGUGUCAGAAGAUAAAAUUAAGCAGUUAGGGUUUGUUGAAGCAUCUUUUUUUUUUUGAGUUCAGCCAAUUAGUAGCUUUGGACAUACUUUGCUUGAAAUUUACUUUAAACUAAUUAGCAGCACAAAUGUUCAUGCAGGAUUUGAAAUAUAGUUUUUUUCAGUAUUUAUUUUAAUGUUGUUGUUUUUUUCACCUUGAUGGGAUUGAAAUUGUUGCUAAAUAAACGCACAGAUACAUCCGUCCAUGUGUGUGUGGACGGGCUUUAACCACUGUCUUUCAACAGGCGGAAAUAAAGUCUAAACCUAAAAAAAAAAAAAAAAAUGUGAAUAUUUUAUAAAGUUUAGGGUGACUUUAAAAGACGGUCACAAGAGCUACCUAUAACUGUGAGACAUCUGAGGACCUGGGAACUCCCCCUGUGGUACCGCUUGUUAUUUAUGUACUGACAUGCCAAGACGUACUGUGGCGUUUACAUACUGUAUGUCGAGUGCUUAUGGUUUAAUGAAAAACAGAUUAUUAUUUAAGUGGAAAACAGCACACAACUUUAAUAUGAAGGUUUUCCUUUAAAUCCUUUAAAUAAAAAGAAUGUUUCAUGUGAAUUCCUGCUCUGAAUUCAUUUGUAUUCACAGAUGUGACGUCCAUCCAUGUCCGAUGUAACGUGAAAAAUAAAUCGGAUUGAAAUAAAG